AUGUUUGGAGAUAAUAAUAAAGAGCCUACUGAGAUUUUCCUCAAGAAUGAAAGCCUAGACCUUGAUUUCCUACCUUCCUUAUCAAGAGCACAACUUCUGAAAUUCAAUGGAGUUGAAGACACUAAACUAUAUGUAGCCAUUAAGGGCUAUGUAUAUGAUGUUACCACAAAUGACAAGAGUUAUGGACCAGGGAAGGCAUACAAUAAAUUAGUGGGAAAAGAUGUCGGAAGGCUUUUAGGGUUGAACAGAUUGCAAUUAAAAGAGGAGGAUGGAAGAGUGCCAGAUACAUGGGAUUUGUCUGAUUUGACAGAAAAGCAAUUGAAAAUUGUCGACGAUUGGGUGGUUUUUUUCAAAAUGAGGUAUCCCAUCGUGGCUAGAAUCGAAGACGAUAAUCAAUAA